AUGUCAUUAUCGUCGACUUGUAUAGAAUGGAUUCUGUUGGUAUGUCUUGUUCAAAAGAGUCAAUCAUUAAGAAUCUAUUAUGAGGAGGGGGAUUCAAAUCGUGCGAAACCCACGUCCAAAGUAACGCAACCCAAAAGAGUCAUUUCGCCCUCAUCAAAAAUAGCGAUACCUACAAGGCGAGUGGCUGCACCCACACCCCCUCGCUACCUGCCACGGCCCUUACCCACCGAUCGAUGGAAUGCAAAAGAAGACAUGGAAGAAGAAGACGAAGACGAAGAGGACGAGGAAGAAGAGGAGGACAAUGCUGUGGACGUACGCCGCAAAAUACCAGGAGGCAUCACCACCACCACCACCACCACCACCACCGCCGCCGUACGAUGGCCAUUGCAUCCCUUUGGCAGACAGAUUCAUCCUUCCACAGCCUUAUCGACGAAUGGUACACAAACAAGGGGCGGGCCUCCUUCUUUGACGGCCACUCCAGGCACGACGGUGCAUCGUCUGCUACCCACCCUUCCCAACAACAACAACAACACCAACACCCUCCCUCCUCCUGCCACAGCCGUCCCCGCCAACCCCACCCUUUUACCUGCAGCCUCUUCUUCUCCUCCUCCUUCAGCAGCAGCACCGCGUGCUGUCUCCUCCUCCGCUGCCUUGAUGGGGAGUGUCAUUGGGGCUGUCAUCGUCGUGAUUGUGGGUAUCACAGCCUUCAUCAUGAUAAAGAGAAAGAAAAAGAAUAAGGACCGGCAACAGCUCUCGCUGCACCAAAGUUUCCAACCUGAUCCGUUUGGUAUGGGCUUCUCAGGAGGCACAGGUACAGGUACAGGUACAGGAUCCAAAGGAAACGACAAGGGUACAAUGUCUGCUUACCAACAGCAACAGGAAUUGCUGUCACAACCAAGAGCGACGUUUGAUCAUUACAAUGUCACGCCUAUUUCACCUGCUAAUCAAGAAGCUAUCUAUUUAUAUCAACAACAACAACAACAACAACAACAACAACAACAGCAACAACAACAACAGCAACAGCAACAGCAACAGCAACAACAACAGAAUGCGGUGACCACAGCCUCCUUAGACCCACGGUUAUUUACCGUCAUUGCUACUUACACACCGACGCUCAGUGACGAAUUACAGUUGGAUUUGGGUGACCAGGUAGAAUUACUGUUGGAAUACGAUGAUGGCUGGUGUCAGGGCAUCAAUGUAACAAAGGACAAUCGUAAAAAGGGCGUCUUUCCUCGACAUUGUAUCGAAAACCACCUGCCAUUGGAUCCAACCCACUCCUUCUAUGGCACGGCGUCCUAUCACCCCCACCCUGAUUCGAUAGCUCCUCCUCGAUCCAAAAGAAUCAGUUCCAUGAUGUAUCCUCCACCCUCCUAA